GAUGCCAGAUUCCAGAAGAAGGAACCUAAACUAAGCUUUUCUUACUAAUUCUUUCUUUAGUUUUAGACUUUACUUUCUUUGAACAUAUUCGGGUUAUUGUUUACGUCGUCCACGAUCUACCUCAUAACAUAUUUUACAAGCAAUGUCUCAAUUUGGUGGGGGUGGUGGUGCAGCUAAGAAUCCACCAUGGGUUCGCCAAACUCAAGGUAUGGGAAUGACACAACAGAUGUCUCAGACCAGUCAGAUGCAGCCCCAGCUGAUGACACAGAUUGGUAGUACUGCAGCAGCGGCCAUGUUGCAAUACCCUCAGGCUCAGAUGUUCCAGCAGACCCAACUUGGCCAGUUGCAACAGACUGGGAUGACCAUGCAGGCGAUGGGUAGUUUAGGGACCAGCCAGAUGUCCACAGCGGGGGGUCUGAACAGCACCAUGCAGCCUACUGGAGCUGCCGGGAUACAGCAAACUCAGUUGUACCAGCAGGCAGGCACUGUCAGCUACCCCACUCGUACCAUCAUGGCGUCACCGUUCGCAGCCGGGGCAGUGGCUCAAACUGCGCCAGUGGCUAACAGCACUAACAACAUGGGGGGCAGUCAAGGCGCCACGCCACGCCAGCGAGUGUUCACCGGUACCGUCACUAAGGUGCAGGACAACUUUGGCUUUGUCGAUGAAGAAGUGUUUUUCCAGACAAGUUGCUGUGUGAAGGGCUCCAACCCCCAGGUAGGAGACAAGGUGUUGGUGGAGGCUAUGUACAAUGCCAACAUGCCCUUCAAGUGGAACGCUACCAGGAUACAGGUGCUGCCCAUGGACCGAGGGCAAGACGGGGGCAACAUGCCCACCCGGCGGGGCUUUACCAGCGGCCCUGUCUAUAACAACGUCCCCCCUCCUUCCGAUGACAUGAAUAGUUCCCCAGUGAACGACUUCAAUAGAAGAAAUAGAAAUAACAAGCGAAACAGAAGGGAUGAUAGUGACUUUGAUAGAAAAAGACGCAGGGAUAACCAAAGAAGUAUUGAUCAAAAUGAGCGAGUAGAAAAUGAACGAGUACAAACUCAACGAUCAAGGGACGAUAAAGAAAAAGAAAAGGAAAAAGAGAAGGAGAAAGAGCGUGCCAAGAGCCCUAGGAGGCGCAGCAAAACGCCGAGGAGGAAGAAGGCUCGAGUGGUUCCUAGAUAUAUGGUUCAGAUACCCAAGAUUGCCCUUGACAUGCCUGAAGCAGACGUUCUAGAGAUCAAGAAACGCUACACCAACCUGUAUGUUCCUUCAGACUUCUUUGUGAGUUCCUUCAAGUGGGUUGAAGUUUUCCCACCUCAUAGAUCCCUGAGUGUGCGACCUUGCGUUUUCCAUGUGAUGCAUAAGGAUGUUGAACCUGUGAUAGAGAAUGAUGCUGUACUGGACCCUCCAGACGCUGAUUAUCUCUUCUCUGCUAAGGUGAUGCUGCUAAGCAUGCCAGAGAUAGAUGAGAUCUACCGCAGGUCUUGUGGUAUGGCUGAGGACCGGGAGAAAGAGGGUAGUUACGAUGAUCGAGACUUUGUUCAUCCCACUCGACUUAUCAACUUUUUGGUGGGACUCAGAGGCAAGAACGAGACCAUGGCUAUUGGUGGUCCCUGGAGCCCUUCACUGGAUGGAGCCAACCCCGCCUCUGACCCGACGGUGCUCAUCAAAACUGCCACCCGCACUUGCAAAGCUCUCACCGGGGUGGAUUUGAGCAACUGCUCACGCUGGUAUCGUUUUGUGGAGAUUUACUACCACCGGGCAGAGUCGGUGCACAAGGGCAAGACGAUUCCUGCGAGAGUUGAAACGGUGGUACUUUAUCUGCCAGAUGUGUGGAACUGUCAGCCUACGCGGCUAGAGUGGGACGGACUCCACCUCAACUAUAAGAAACAACUGGACCGGCUGCUCAACCAGGACGAAGAGACUGAUGCUGAUGAAAAGGAUACGAGCACUACUGAAGUGCAGAAAAAGGAGCCUAGCCAUUACUCUCAGUUGGACCCCAAAGUGAUGAAGGUGAACGAACUCCGUGAGGAGCUCGAAGCUCGCAACUUGUCUUCUAAAGGACUCAAGUCACAACUGACGGCCCGACUAACCAAGGUUCUGAAGAUGGAGCAGGAUAAGGAAGAAGAGGAAAAAGCUGCUAAGGAAGGGAAAUCAGCCAAAAUCGAAAAAGAUGAAAAAGAGGAAGCAGAAAAGAAGAAGAAAGAGGAGGAGGAGAAAAAGAAGUUGGAUGAAAAGGACAAACAGUUGUUGGAGAAGAGAUACACUUUGCCUGAGAAGAGCCACAUAGUUGUUCAUCCCUCUCGGACUGCUAAGUCUGGAAAGUUUGACUGCACUGUCAUGUCACUGUCAUUACUGCUGGACUACAGGCCUGAGGACUCCAAGGAGCACUCUUUUGAAGUAUCUCUUUUUGCUGAACUCUUCAAUGAAAUGCUGAUGAGAGAUUUUGGAUUCCGCAUUUACAAAGCAUUGGUUGAGGCGCCUGAGAAGCCCAAAGAAGAAAAAGAGGAUAAAGACAAAAAGGAUAAGAAGGACAAAGACAAAAAGGAUUCUGAUGAGAAAAAAGAUGACAAGAAGGAUGAUAAAAAUAGUGUAGAGGAUGAAGAUGGAAGUGAUGAUGAUGAUAAGAAAGACAAAAAAGAUUCUGAGAAGAAGAAAAAAGAUAAAGUGAAGCUGACAACAGUUGACCCUUACCUGUUGUUGUCGUUUGUGUACUUUGAUCAGACUCACUGCGGCUACAUUUUUGACAAGGACAUUGAAGAACUCAUGUUCACUCUGGGACUCAACUUGUCUAGAGCUCAGGUAAAAAAGCUAGUACAGAAAGUGGUUUCCCGGGACUCUUUGCAUUACAGAAAACUAACGGAUAAACCUAAAGACGAAGUCGCCAAUAAGCCAGCCGAGACUCCAUCUCCCACUGCAGAAGAGAUGGUCAAUUUGGCAUUUGGGAACAAGAGAUUGCUGCCGGUCUUUGACGAUGACAGCACUUCAAACAAGCGUAUCAGGAAAGGAGGGUCGGAGAAAAUGGAUGACAAUAAAGCCCUUCCAAGUGGGUUUGUUAUGUUCAACGGAUCGUUGCUGGAUGUCAACAAACUGCAGUCACAGUUACAGCGGAGUGAAGAAUCUCGUCUUAAGAUUGAGAAGAUGAUUGAAAAGCUACGAGUGGACAAUUCCAACCUCAAAGAUUCCAACAAUAAAAACUCUUCAACCAUCAAAAAGCUGUCAUCGGAUCUAAGAGACUACAAGGAGAGGCUCACUAAUACUAAUUCCGAACUCUGCAACAUGGAUGGUAAAACAAAGCUUUAUUUCAACAUUAUGGCUGAAAUACAUGACAAGCUUUCAUCGAUUGUAGUUCAGAAACAAAAUACAAAAGAAGAAGUAAUUGAAGAUGUGGAAAUGGAAGAUGUUUGUGAGUCAAGCGGGAACACUGAUAAGAAGAAUAGUAUAGAAGCUAAGAAGGAAUCUGGUCAACUCUCUUUAAAAUCUGAAUCAGCUUCAUCAACCAGUAGUGAAGCAGGAUCUAAAGCUAACGAGAACGUCUCAGUAACGGUAAAGGAAGAAUCUGUAAAAGAAGAACCUAAAAAUGGUAUUGAAAAUUCAACUACUUCAGAAAAACAAGAACCUGAGGAAAAUAAAUUAACAUCUUCUGAAGUUACCGAGAAGACUGUUGAAGUCGCUGAGAAGACUGUCGUUAAGAACGAAGAUAAGUUACCUUCAGAAAAAAAGCAAACGGAAGAGCAAAACUCAUCUCAGACUCCUCUGAAAGCUGUUACCCCAAAAGCUGACUCCCCUUCCACCCCAAAAGCUGACUCCCCUGCCACUCGUUCUACGAGAUCAAACACACCCAAGAAAUAAGUGUUCACAGAAUUUGCAUUUUAUUUUGUUAUUGUAAUUGAGUAGUUAUUGACUAUUAUAUGUAAUUUUAAUUUUACAUAGUACCCAUAGAAGUAUUUGAUCAUGUGUUGUGAAAUAAUUAUUUUGAUGUACUUGUUCCUUUUAACAUGUGAGAACAAUAAAUAUGAGUAUAAUAUUUGGA